CCUCAGCUCCUCCCCUGGCUGAGGGGAGUCAGAUAAGCCCUCAGUCAUUGCUGGGGCUCACAAACACACACCACGCCAUAUGGCUGUGCUCCGAUGUCUAGUAUGAGUCCCACCUCUCGGCCUCUUAUGCAGCUUCAGUAGUCUCAGCUCCACUGGCUAGAAACGGAAAGAAGAUCUGCACGGACUCCACACGCUGAGCUGAAGCACAGACGGCGGUGUUCCUCGUUCCCUUUUGUUCUUGUUACCAACAGCUUCUCAGGAAGUUAAAUGUCGUCAGAGGACCGAGAAGCUCAGGAGGAUGAAUUGCUGGCCUUGGCGAGUAUUUACGAUGCAGAUGAAUUUAGAAAAGCAGAGUCUGUCCCGGGUGGAGAAACCAGGAUCUAUUUGGAUUUGCCACAGAAUUUCAAGAUAUUCAUGAGCGGCAGUUCUGAGGAGCAUCUCCAGAGUGGUGCCUUUGAAUACCCCAUUUGCUUCCUGCCUCCACUUGUGCUGAACUUUGAACUGCCGCCAGACUACCCAUCCUCCUCCCCACCUUCAUUCACACUCAGUGGCAAAUGGCUGUCACCAACUCAGCUGUCUGCUCUGUGCAAACACUUGGACAAUCUCUGGGAAGAAUACCGUGGCAGCGUGGUCCUGUUUGCCUGGGUGCAGUUUCUGAAGGAAGAGACCCUUGCUUACCUGAACAUCAUCUCUCCGUUUGAGCUCAAGAUGGGCCCUCGGGGAAAAGUGCAGAAAACGGCCGCGCAAGCCUUGGCCUGCAGCGAGCAAGAUCUAGGGGGAGCUGCCAACAGUGAGCAAGGUUUAGGGGGAGCUGCAGGAUCCGAUGUCGACCAAGAGGAAGCUGUGGAUGAGAGAGCCGUGCAGGAUGUGGAGUCGUUGUCGAGUCUGAUCCAGGAAAUCUUGGACUUUGAUCAAGCUCAGCAGAAAAAGUGCUUCGACAGUAAAUUGUUCCUGUGCCCUAUCUGCUUCUGUGAUAAGCUGGGCAGUGAGUGCAUGCACUUCUUGGAGUGCAAACACGUGUACUGCAAGGCCUGUCUGAAGGACUACUUUGAAAUCCAGAUCAGAGAUGGCCAAGUUCAGUGCCUCAACUGUCCAGAACCAAAGUGUCCUUCAGUGGCCACUCCUGGCCAGGUCAAAGAGCUGGUGGAAGCAGAGCUAUUUGCCCGGUAUGACCGCCUUCUCCUCCAGUCCACCUUAGACCUGAUGGCAGAUGUGGUGUACUGCCCCCGCCCCUGCUGCCAGCUGCCCGUGAUGCAGGAGCCCGGCUGCACCAUGGGCAUCUGCUCCAGCUGCAAAUUUGCCUUCUGUUCCUUGUGCAGAUUGACCUACCAUGGGGUCUCUCCCUGUAAGGUGACAGCAGAGAAGUUAAUAGACUUACGAGAUGAGUACCUGCAAGCUGAUGAGGCCACUAAAAGGUUUUUGGAGCAGAGGUUCGGCAAGAGGGUGAUCCAGAAGGCCCUGGAAGAGAUGGAAAGUAAGGAGUGGCUGGAAAAGAACGCCAAAAGCUGCCCGUGCUGUGGGACCCCCAUAGAGAAAUUAGAUGGCUGUAACAAGAUGACAUGCACUGGCUGUAUGCAGUAUUUCUGCUGGAUUUGCAUGGGGACGCUCUCAAGAGCAAACCCUUACAAACAUUUCAAUGAUCCCGAUUCACCCUGCUUUAACCGGUUGUUCUAUGCUAUGGAGGUUAAUGGAGACUUUUGAGAAGAUGAGACUGAAAACUAGCUAAUUCCUACUGCUCAAAAUAAGGAGUGGAAUGGUUUUCGCUGCUCUUGCAGGAUAUCUGGGGUGCCACUCAUUCACCCACUUCACUAUGUAGAAGAUUUGGAAGAACAAGGUUUAUAUUUUCAUUUGAUACUACUGAUCAAGGCACGUUCAUAUAAUUCUAAGUAUAACAUAAAUGGAGAAAAUUAUAAGCCAAAGGUUUAGAAAAUGAGAGCUAGAGAAUAUUCAGUAAUAUAGUGUAUCUCAACUCUGCAUAGUUAAAUAUCAAAUAUUUAUUUUCUUCCUUAAACUUUAGGUAAAGAGAGGGGUCAUAAGUUUAACUUACAGACCCUUUUAUCUCCGAGAUAGAUCCCUCUGAGGCAGUCCUGUCGGGGCCCCUACAGUACUGUUAUGUACAACUAGGGUGGGUAGAAGCCUUAUUAAAAUUACACCGAGAGCUCUCGUGGCCGUUUAUAAACCCGAGCUUAUUCCCUCCAUGUUUCUUACAUUCCUUCCAACCUCUGUGUCUUUGGAGUGAGUUCUGCUUGGAGGGAGCACUUUAUAACCUAUUAUAUGGCCCCCUGUCAUUUGGAUCUUAAGCUUUUCAGAAUAUAAAUGUAUAGAGAUCAUUUAUCUUUAAAUAUGUUUUAUUAUCACGGGCAUGGCGGGGUGGGGGAUGGUGGGGCACCUGAUCCUUUAUGAAUGUUGGAUCCACUGGUGAGCCAAAUCUAGAAGAAUCUGAGUUACCCAGGGAAGAGAGCCUGGAUCCCAAAUGGUUUGUCCUUGCUGCCUCUUCUUGCACUUUCUGCCCUGCACCUUCUCCACCCACAACCUGCUGGUGAAACCAACUUAAUAUUAACUCCGGCAGCUCCUGUUUUUAUUUCCUCUGCGGAAUAAGACAAAGCCCCAUAUAAUCCUCAAGGUGAAGGAACAGAAUGUUCCCACCCACACCGCUGCACUUUGGGCUGCAUUUCCUUUAAGCUGUUAUCUCAUAAGUGAAGACAUUUUGCUUCCCAGCCCUCUUCUCUCCUCCUCCAACAGCAGUAUUUGGGCAAAUCAUUCUGUUUAGAUAUUGGGUACUGUGAUACCUAGGUUUUCGCUGACUUUUUAAAAAUUGUCUUUCCUUAUGAUUUGGUGAGUGAGUUGGUAGCAAAAUAAAAAUUUGGAGGGAACGAGGCCAGAGGAAGUCA